GGUAACCCAAAGUGUGAGAUUGCCAUAGUCAUGUGCAGGAGCAAGUCACUGGAUUCAAAUAGUGACAGGCAUGGGCUGCACAGCAUGAUCCUGGUCCCUCUGAACACACCAGGAGUAAAGAAGAUAAGACCGCUUACCGUUUUCGGUCAGGACGAUGCAAUCCAUGGUGGCCAUUUUGAGAUCCACUUUGACAAUGUGAGGGUUCCUGCUUCCAACAUUCUUCUUGGUGAAGGGCGGGGCUUUGAGAUUGCUCAGGGGCGGCUGGGACCAGGUAGACUUCAUCACUGCAUGAGGGCUGUGGGGCUGGCAGAGUGGGCACUGGAGUUGCUAUGCCAACGCGCAGCCCAUAGACAAGCUUUUGGAAAGAGGCUUUACCAACACGAGGUGGUAGCUCAUUGGAUAGCUGAGUGUCGAAUCGCCAUUUCGCAGUCACGUUUGUUAACACUACAUGCUGCUCACACAUUGGACACACAGGGCAACAAGGCUGCAAGGAAACAGAUCGCUAUGAUAAAGGUGGCAGCAGGCAGGAUGGCGAGUAAGGUGGUGGACUGUGCCAUUCAGGUUUAUGGGGGUGCCGGAGUGUCUGAUGACUUCCCACUAGCAGAAAUGUAUGCUUAUGCACGGACACUACGCAUAGCUGAUGGACCUGAUGAGGUUCAUUUGUCCUCCAUUGCUCUCCUUGAGCUCAGAGACCAACGGAGACGAGCCCAAGCUAAACUCUGAUUCACCUCAAAUCAGCCAGACACAUAACUUCCCAAUUAUUUCCUGAAAACUUCUAAAGGCUCUCUGUCUGUCUUAGAAAAACAGCUCAUCUCAGAUGACCUAGUGAAAGAAACAGAAAUAAGCGAUGAAUCAUACUCGAAGAUUUCCAGCUGCUAAUCUAAAAUGAAUAAUGAGAAAUGCAUUAUGGGAUAUCACAAGUAUGUAAAUAAUAGAAAGAAAAUGUAUGAAAAAUUUAAGGCAUACCCUUAAUUGACUGACUGUACUUUAACACCAGCAUCUGCCUUACAAAUUAAAUUUAAUGUAGAUCAAUAUUAAUCUAUGUAAAUUAAUGUAUAAUGUUUUCCUUUUAAUUUUAAUUCUGUAAUCAAAUGUACCUGUUUUCUAAAUGAGAAUACAGCACAUUAUAGAGCACAGUUCAUA